GGACCUGUGUGCAGGGCCGGGCAAGUCUGCCGUGCGCGGCUUGGCGGGGGACCAUGGGGAGACAGGGUGGCCGGUCCCUUUUCGGCUUCUUCCUCGCGGCUUCGGACUCCGUGGGGGCCUGCCUGGGAGCUUCAGACCCUUUCUGUCCCCGGAAGCCAAUUGGGACCAGGGAACGCCACCCACGAGGCCCCGCCUCUGGGGGACUGGCCGCCCUCGAAACUCCCGAGAGCGCUUCGCCGGGCCCGAGCCGAGGUUUUUGUGAAGAUUAAUUGAAAUAAUGCAUAUCAAGUACCUGGCCUUUUGCCCAGCCCAAAAUAGAGAAUCGUAGAGUCCUGGACAUCCAACCAUUUCAGGAGGUAGUGUAUGAUCAAGAACCAGUGGUACUGAAAGAAGUCCAAGCUGCACUGAAGGCAUUGGGGAAAAACAAGGCUCCAGGUAUUGACAAAAUACCAACUGAGAUGUUCCAACAAAUGGACGCAACACUGGAAGCAUUCACUUGUCUAUGCCAGGAAAUAUGGAAGACAGCUACGUGACCAACUGACUGAAAGAGAUCCAUAUUUGUGCCCAUUGCAAAGAAAGGUGACCCAACAGAAUGCGAAAAUUAUCGAACAAUAUCGUUAAUAUCACAUAGAAGUAAAAUUUUGCUGGAGGUAAUUCAAGAGUGGUUGCAGCAGUACAUCAACAGAGAGCUGUCAGAAAUUCUAGUCGGAAUCAGAAGAGCACAUGGAAUGAGGGAUAUUAUUGCUGAUGUCAGAUGAAUCUUGGCGGAAAGAGAAUACUAGAAAAAUGUUUACCUGUGUUUUAUUGACAGCAAAAGCAUUCAUCUGUGUGGAUCAUAAGAAAUUGUGGAUAGGAUAGUGAAGAAUAGGAAUUGCAAAACAUUUACUUGUGCUCAUGUGGAACCUGUACAUAGACCAAGAAGCAGUUGUUUGAACAGAACAAAGGGAUAUUGCAGUGUUUUAAAAUCAGGAAAGGUGUGCAUCAGGGUUGUAUCCUUUCAACAUACUUAUUCAAUCUAUAUGCUGAGCGAAUAAUCUGAGAAGCUGGACUAAAUGAAAAAGAACGUGGCAUCAGGACUGGAGGAAGACUUAUUAACAACCUGCAGUAUGCAAAUGACACAGCUUUGCUUGCUGAAAGUAAAGAGGACUUGAAGCACUUACUGAUGAAGAUCAGAGACCACAGCCUUCAGUAUGUAUUACACCUCAACAUAAAACAAAAAUCCUUGAAACUGGACCAAUAAGCAACAUCAUGAUAAAUGGAGGAAAUAUUGAAGUUGUCAGGAUUUAAUUUUACUUGGAUGCACAAUCAACACUCAUUGAAGCAGCAGUCAAGAAAUCAAGUGAUGUAUUGCAUUGGGCAAGUCUGAUGCAAAAGACCUCUUUAAAGUGUUCGAAAGCAAAGAUAUCACCCUGAGGAUUAAGGUGCACCCAACCCAAGCCAUGGUACUUUCGGUCACCUCAUAUGCAUGCUAAAGCUGGACAAUGAAUAAGGAAGACCGAAGAAGAAUUGAUGCCUUUGAAUUAUGGUGUUGCUGAAGAAUAUUGAAUAUACCAUGGACUGCCAAAAAAACAAACAAAUCUGUCUUGGAAGAAGUACAGUCAGAAUGCUCCUUAGAAGUGAGGAUGGUGAGACUUCGUCUCAUGUACUUUGGACAUGUUAUGUUGAGGGACCAAUCCCUGGAGAAGGACAUCAUGCUUGGUAAAGUAGAGGGACAUAAAAAAAAAAAAAAAAACAAAGACCCUCAAUAAGGUGGAUUGACACAGUGGCUGCAACGAUGGGGUCAAGCACAGCAAUAAUUGUGAGGAUGGAGCAGGACCGGGCAGUGUCUUGUUCUGUUGUACGUAGGGUUGCUGUGAGUCGGAACCAACUCAACAGCACCUAACAACAGCAGUCCUUGAGGUUGGUGGUUCAGACCCACCCUACUGCUUCAUGGGAGAAAGACCUGGUGAUCUGUUCCCGUGAAGAUUACAGCAUAGAAAACCCUAUGGGGCCAGCUCUACUGUGUUGCAUGGGGUUGCUGUGAGUCAGAAUCGACUUGUUGGCACCCAACAACAACAGAGUCCUGGAGGCUUAUUUGCAGUUGCUCCAGCGCCUCAGAUGACUCCCCGCUGCCCCUUCCCUUACCUCCCACCUCCCUUCAGAACACUUACUGAGCUCUUUACUGCAUGCCAGGCUCUGGGCCAGGUAUAAGGGGUGAUUAACCAGAAAUGGUCUCUGGCCAGGAAUGGCUCACAAUCUAGUGGGAAGACUGAACCAUGAACAACUAACAUUAUGAAAGUUUCUGAAAUUAUAUGAAAAAGCUGCCCUGGCAAUGUGCAUGUCUCCCUUUCAUGUGCCAGGCGUAUUAAAAUCUAUCUGCCCUUCUCAUACAGAGAAGAAAUCCAGAAAUGUGCUGUAGAUUCACUUCAGAUUCUCCCCACCCCACCCUCUUUCCUUGCCUCUCUCCUUCAGUAAAUGACACCUCUAGAUGACAGUUUAAUAAUUCCUAGAUCAAAACACAUCCAUCUUUGGGCUGGUGGUAGCUGGGACUUUAGACAUACAGGCAUUUUUUUGAAAGUGCCUGUCUCCUUUAUUGUGCUUGAGUUUUAAGUUCAAUUUCCAAAUUCCAAUUGUGGAAAGGCAGGGAGCCCAGGCACAGAUGUCAGAGUCUAGAGUUUGGGAUUUAUUUGAAUUGGGAGAUUAAAGUGAGAAAGCCAAAGGCAUGCUGACAGCUGAAUCACAGAAUUGUAUUGGCAGAUUUGGGAUGCAUGGUUUGUAACGAAUUGGGGCCCCAGCUGUGCCUUGGGGGACUAGCAGUUAAAGAGACAUCAAGGUCACAUAAUGCCUGUAGUCUAAAGGACUCAUUCUUUUAUUCAGCAGAUGUUCAAGUGUGGGAGAUACGUGACAAUCAAAUAAUCACCCUAAUAGAAGUAAAACUGUAACUGUGAUAAGUGCUGCUCUGCAAGUGGGGAGUAUGGGAAUCGGGGCAAGUUCCCUGGUGAAGUAACCUGUGAAGAUUGGUGGCAUCUCUUACCAUUUUUUUUUUGGAAGCUUCAUCUAAAUUUUUAUUAAUGCAGCUGAGAACCAGCCCUAGACCUCUGUGUAAAGGUCCUUCCUCUGAAGACAUCACCAGUGUGUGGAGCCUGCCCCACACCCACCCCCUGCCAAACCACGGCCUUUACCUGUGUCUUCCGGUGUUUCCCGUGCGACCCGUCCUGUGGGAGUGCCUCGUGGGCCACCCCAGAGUUCACCCCACACUCAGCAGCACCAAUGGUGAAGAUGACAAGAUCCAAGACUUUCCAGGCAUAUCUGCCCUCCUGUCACCGGACCUACAGCUGCAUUCACUGCAGAGCUCACUUGGCCAAUCACGAUGAACUCAUUUCCAAGUCGUUCCAAGGAAGUCAAGGACGGGCAUACCUCUUUAAUUCAGUAGUUAAUGUGGGCUGUGGGCCUGCAGAAGAGCGAGUGUUGCUAACAGGACUGCACGCAGUUGCAGACAUUUACUGUGAAAACUGCAAAACCACUCUGGGCUGGAAAUAUGAACAUGCCUUUGAAAGCAGCCAGAAGUAUAAAGAAGGCAAAUACAUCAUUGAGUUAGCACACAUGAUCAAGGACAAUGGCUGGGACUGAUUGGAGAAGUCCCCCUAACCCAGUGUCCACGUGAACGCCAUCCAACUGAACAUUCUACCCAAGCGUGAGAGAGUGACUGAACACUUGGUUCCAUCCAUUUAGAGGCCUUGCCAUCUGGGGCAUCCUCCCACCCUGACGACAUCUUUCUGGUGACUGGCCUCUAAAUCGCUGUCUCUCUGUCUCUUUGCUUUGUAUCUGUUUGUGAGUUGAUCCUGGCUUCUCUCUCUGUUCUAGUGUUGGCUAAAAACAAAACAACAGAAUGAACGGAUGCCCGACUGCAUGGCGGCAGCCCACCUUGAUAGGGGUCCUAGGGUCCAUGCAAGAGCUGCCCGAUGGCCUCUUGUCAGGAGUGCAGUGGCACAGGGUUGAGAGGAAGGAGGAAAGGGGGAACCCUGAGGGUCCUGGGAGUAGGUAGGGGUGGGAGGGUGGAGGUAAGGACAAAAUUGUGCUGCUCCUAGAGACCUGGUAAUCUAGGCUUGAAAUAACCAACUUGUCUAAAAGGACAAAAAGAAAAAAAUACCUCAUGAGUGCAUUCUCUCUGACCAGAAGCUUCUGUUCCUGACACCAAAUGUGCCAGGUUAGCAAAUGAGCACAAGAAGUGGCCCUAAUUCCAGCUGAUGGGGCAAACCCCUGGUUCUCCUGGGCUGAGUUGGGGAGUGGCCUGGCAGCAAUCAGUGACUCGGGUGAACCCAAAUGGGUUUUGAUGAUUCUUAAGCCUCGCUGCGCCUCGAGGUUCCCUUCCUCUUUGCCUCUUCAGCCACUUUAGAUGAGGGGAGAGGGGAUUGCCAUUUGUUAUGGGUGCAAGAUCCAAAUAUCCCAAAGGCUUUGACUGACAACCAAGUAAAAUUGGUAAUUAAGGACAGCAGGGAACAAAGGGGGCUGGAGUUUGGGAGCGCCCGCAGAAACAGCUCAGACAUGGGGCCAGAAAACUAAAAAGUAAAACCAGUUAGCAAUUCUGCCUGUUUGACCUUUUCUCUGACCCUUAAUAAGAGCAAUGUGGCAAGGAACGGGGUGUUGCAGGCAGUGCCUGAAAUAGUUUAGAUUCGAACCAUUACAAGUUAGGUGCAGCUUUCUUCUUUGGGCAUACAUGGGCUUCAGUGGGGUCAGCAAUUCUUUGUACAUGGAGUUUUGGGUGUUUUUCUCCAUUUCUAUCACUGUAGAUUGCGGAAAACAUAAGCCCAAGGCUUUGAGCUUAGUGAUAACCUGGCAGGUGGAUUCUUCAUGCCCCUAGUUCUUCGUAGACUUAAAAUGUCUUAUGUGGAGAAAAAGCUUCCGUCAGUGUGGCCCAGCAGCAGUGUCAAACUUCAGGUUACCAGUUCCCGUAUUAUGCAUCCCACCCUCCACCGCCUCAUCCAAACUUCAUGAUACUAUGAAAGUAGAGAACAAAUCCGUCUAAGGCUCAUGAGAGAAAGAGGGGUUUGUUAGAUUUAAUCAACACCGUGAAGUGUGUUUUAAAGCAAUCCAGCCAGCACACGGUGCAUGAUGGGAGACAUAUUUAACUGAGUUAAUUUCAUUUCUUAGGCUGAAAAUAUUAUGCUAAUAUGUGUGUUAGAUAAUUCUCAGCAUCUCGUUCUCUAAGUAGGCUGAUCCUAUAGGAAAGUUUACCUUAAAAGUCACAAAGGAGUGAAUUUAUGGAGACAAGAAUCUGUGAAAUUGAUUAUCCAAGAUUAAAGCAGCCAGCCCAGAACAUGUUCAGAAUUGCUUCUGCAGCAGAACCCAGUUUUCACAGGGAGUGAGUCCAUGGUGGAAAUGCCUUUUUGUGUCUCUCUGUGCUGGUUACAAAAUGGGAGACACAGGAAGGGUGUGGUCCUGCCCUGCUGUGACAGAGGGCAGGACUGACAGGAAGCAAGGUAGCUGCAGGUUAGUACUAGACUCCCUGCUGUAACACAAAAAGGAGUCCUAGAAGUAAAACUUUCUUCCCAAAGGUUUCUUGCCCAGAUCUCCCUUGUGCUUUAGCAGCCCUGGAGAUUGAGGAAGUAAGCUGUUCUCCCCACUUCACUGAGGUUCAGAAGAAGUAUUUCAUUUCUGCGCCCAGAGUAACAGUUCUUCUGGCUCCCAGGCUUCAAGAUCUCAACAAAAAACAUUUUCAACUUUCACAUUCCCAAACUGGCUUGCCAACACAGAAAUCAUGGAUUUCCCCCCUUCUCUAUCUCCCCUGAAGGAAGCAGGCUUUGUUUAUGAAUUUUGAUUAGCUCCUUUGCUCAGGGUAAGUCCAGACAUUGAUACUCCUUUCCAUAAAAAGAAAAUGGGGGUUAAAUGUAGUGACAAAUAGAUACUGACAUGGGAUGCCCUAGAAUUUUCAAGGGACAGAGAAGGAGACCAAUAUGCCACUGUGUUUCCUUGGGGAUGGAGCCUCUGGCUGCUGCAGGAUCAGAGCAGGCUCCAUUCAGACCCUGAUUCUGGUUUUAUUCAAUUAGUAUCAAUUGAGAAUCCAAUGGGUGCAUGGCACCAUAUUUGGUGUGAGAGAUCUGAGUAGGGUAUUGUUUUUCUUGAAACUACAGGAAAGAAAAAAUUCAUUAGGCUUUCCCUUUGUGUCAGUGAAACCAAAAGUGCUUCUUUUAACUUCAGCUCCAUUCACGGCUUGUUUAUCUGAAGUCUAGCAGUAUUGGAGGGGCCACAGCUGAGCGAUGGAAAUGCAUCAACUCAUGGCCUCAGUCAGUUCAUUCUUUAAUUUCCUCACCAAAUUAUCAACUCAGAGCAUAACCAAAGACCUCGUCCAUUCACCCCUGGUAGGUUCAAGGAAUUGGAGUAUGUUUGGGUAGGGGGAAGGGGGACAGGGAAAAGGGAAAGAGAGAGCUGAGAAGGGAAAAGGCAUGAAGUCUUAUACCUCAGCCAGCAGCUGCCUUCAUUUUGAACUGAAGUCCAGCUGGCAGACUCUCUGUCUAUCUAGUUCCAUCUCCCCUGUGCCACCCUAGGUUGUAUGGCCUUGGCUGCCAUGGAUAACAACUAGAUCCCCAGGGGAUAUUAGUCUCUGGCUGCUGGUGGGUUGAUUUGACAUGAAUCAAGAUAUAGCUGAACUUGAUGCCCCCAGUUCUCAGCUGGGCCUGACCAGGUACUGCCCUAGCUCCUAUCACAGGAAGAUCACUAACGUCAAUUUGCACUGGUGGACCAGCGUGUGCAAAAGAGGUGUCCCCUUUAUAAAAAGAUUUUCAAGUUGAUAUAUAUAAACAGUUGCUUGUGAAAUAUACUUUUGUAAAUAAUAUUUAAUUUUUUAAAUAAUAUAUUUGGUGCUGUUUUCUCAGAUCCCCUGAGAGCACUUUUUAUUUUCGUUUGUAAAUUCUAUGGUUUCCUCUGCAUUUCUUGAAGUACAUUUUAAGGGAAACAGUUAUCACCAAUAAACUUUUUAUUUUUUAAAGGUCUAUCAUUUUAGUCAGGACCGAGGCAAUAAAACACUGCCUCGCUGCAUUUUUUUCCAGUGGAACAGACUCUGCAGUACAUUACCAGGUUGAGAGGUGAAAUAUUUCCUUGCACCAGUAUUGGCUAGAAAAGAAAAUAAAUAAAAUCAAGUAAACUUAGUAACAACUUUGAGUGAUUCUUCUUGUUGGGAGAAAUUUCCAACUAAGUGGAAUCUUGUUUUUUAUUGUGUGUGUGUGUGAGGGGGGAAAAAAAGCGCUUUGGAUUGUGCCUCCUGUUUUUCUCUUUUUACUGGGGACACUAACUACAGUUUACACUGCGUGCGCAUACAGUUUUUCUUCCCUUUCCCUCGGGUUGUUUUUUGUUUCUGAGUGGACCAACAGCACAAACCGUGAGGUUUUUGUUUUCCUGAGCAGGGAGCUGUUGCUGAUUUGCUCUGUUUUCUUUCUCUGUGUGCUCAACUUCUACAAGCUGUAAAGGAAGUAUGUUGUUUGAAAGAUCAAGCAGAGUCAAGUCUCUGCUUCUCACUGAGAUGUGUGUUAAUUAUGAAUCCCAGGGCUUCAGUUGUUUUAGAAGCUACAUCAUGUUAAACUUUAACUGGCUUGAGUUGAAAGACCGUUAAUAAAAAAUACACAUACCUUGUAGGUAAAUAAGCUUUUUUUUUUUUUAAGAUCAGAUUGCCUCAGGUUCAGGAAAGAGGCUGGGAAAUCAAAUCUUGAACACAAUCAACUUCCAUAUUUUAAUAGAAUCUGCUUCAAAUGAGAAAACUUGCUAGUGGUCUAGGUAGAGGAAAGAGAUGUUUAAUUUUUAAAACAAAAGUACAGUCAUGAAAUCUACUGACAGUGAAAGGUGAAACCAAGAAAGAACCAAGAAUUACCAAACUCUAUCUGCCCCUAUGUUUUUGUAUAACAUUUUGGUGAAAGUGGGAGUCAGUUCCCUUUUUCCAACCUGCAGAGACUAUCUUUCAAUACAGAAUCUAUUUAUGCUUGUGUUUACAAACAGGAAUUGUUGGGUUUGGGGUUGGGUUUUUUUUUUUUUUUUUUUUUUUGGCAUUUUUCAGGUCACUUUGCUUCAGUAACAAAGAAAAUUGUUUUCAAAUAAUUUGUCUUCACCUUUUCCUGUAUUUGUACAUAGUGAUUCAGUAUUAGAGAAAAGUGCAUUGUUUCUGUCAUAUUUCCAAUCUGUGUUGGUGCUCAUUUGAGAAAAUAAAGUUUUCAAAUAUUAACUCUU